AUGGCUCGAAUUACUGUACAAUCUCAUAGCCAGAAGAAGCAUUCAACCAGUGUUCUCCCUGAUAUCUUGACCGAAGCCAAAGCCCUUCAAGAGCUAUACAAUCACCACAAGUCCAUGCUUGCUUUAAUGGGAAAUGUUACUACUUUCACUCUUAACAAAGCCUUAGGCGAGAUUGGAGGAACUUGUGAAUCUGGAGCUUAUCAGAAGUGGCUGAGGUACAGCAAAGAGAGAUGUUGUCACAACAUGCCUGCAGGUGGUCAGACUGGUAUAUUAGGUGCUACAAAUAAGCUUCUUGGGGAAAUAUGGACAGCUCUUCCUCUGGAUCACCGCAAAGUAUUUCAUCCACCCGUCUUUUAUGCUCUUUCCGGUAUUUCACAUUCCGCUGUUGAAGGAAGUGACAAUGAAGACAAAGAACCUGUACAACCUCUGGUGCUUGACCCUGAAGAACAAACUCAGUUACAGGCUUUAUAUGAUGAAUUAGUUUGUAAGGAAAGGGUGGCUCAGGAUUAUGCUAAGAUGGCAGCCGGUAUUCCAGAUGGACCAACUCUGCCAGAUUACAAUCAAAAAUCAAAAAGAUGUUUGGAGUGUAUUCACACUCAGCUUUGUAAUGAAUCCAAGAACAUGGAUCUUGCUUACUAUCUUCUAGCUUGCUGCACGCAUGCUGCAACUGAGUCAAGCUCAUCUUCUCCUGGAUGGUUCAGAGAGUUCACAUCACACAAUGAAAUGGCAUUGUAUGUAAAUAAGAAAAGUAACCUCGGAACUGUAUUUGCAGCUUGGGUCCAAGGGCUCUCCGUUGCUGAGGUGGUUGCUUCUACAAUUGUGGGAAGUACAAUGGUAGAGAAUCCGGCUGCUUUACUUCUAUCAAAAUUCAGUAAAAUGAUUGGCUACGAACAUGGAUUUCCAAGAGGACCUGAUCCGGAAAGUAUUUUGGAAAACAAGUAUCUACUUAAAAUCAUUCAAUUACCUGGCUCCAAACUUUCAAAGGAGGUCUUGAAGCUAGGUUUCAAUGGGAUGAACGGUUGUAGGAAGAUUUGGUUGGAUGAUGUCCAGGCAAACCUUUUCAAGAUGGUUAAGUUGUCAUCUGCCCACUCUGACGGUGAACAUGAAGAUGAUAAUAUCCGUGAUAAUUCUGGUGCUGAACAAGAAGUAAUGAGGACUCAGGAUAUUCAAAAUAACCUGGAAACUGAUGACCUGAUGGGCUCAGAAGAGAAGUGGAAUGGGUUAGGUGAAGAUUUUGACGAGGAAUCAAAAUUGAGAAACUUAAGAUUGAUCCUAAAUUUGUAA